AUGAAGCUUCUCUCCCUUUCCAUCUUCGUCACCAUGGUGACUUCUGCUGCUCUCCCAGUCCUCAAUAUUGCUAUCGACGGUAAGCCCUCAGCCCCAGCCUCAGCCCCAGUCCCCUCGAAUCCUUCAAUACUAACCCAGUCACUUACUACGGAAGCCGCCCUUCCCGACUCUCUCCCCGGCGCCUUCCACGAAAAUGAACACGAACGCAUGAACCGUACCUCCUUCGGUCCUAUCCCGCCGCCGGAGAAGCGCGAUACGCAGGACACCAACAAGGAUGUCAACUGCCACAACGAUGAGCAAUGUUCGCCUGGAGUCUGCCAUGAUGGCAUCUGUUUUCUCGAAUAG